CAAGGUCGAGUGCGUCAUUUCCUGUUUACGUUCGUUUUCCCGCGCUGUGAGCAUGUUCAGCGGGACAAGUCAGCUGGCAUUGAAAAUCACUGAUCGAUAUAAACAUGCCGAUUUCGGAUUAUGAUUCAGCCUGUUUGCCUGACUUGUUACCGCUUUAUUAUCGUCGAUUAUUUCCGUUUCCACAGUACUAUCGCUGGUUAAGUUAUGGUGGUGUGUUCAAAAACUAUUUCCAGAAUCGUGAAUUUUCCUUUACGCUGAAGGAUGACAUUUAUGUGAGAUAUCAGUCAUUCAGCACUCAGAUUGAGCUGGAGAAAGAGAUGCAGAAAAUGGUGCCAUACAAGAUUGACAUUGGAGCAGUUUACAGCCACCGGCCCAGUCAACAUAAUGCAGUGAAGUCUGGAACUUUCCAGGCCCUGGAGAAAGAGCUGGUGUUUGACAUUGACAUGACAGAUUAUGAUGAUGUCAGAAGUUGCUGCAGUGUUGCUGAUAUCUGCUUAAAAUGUUGGACUCUGAUGACCAUCGCUAUCCGGAUUCUGGACCGGGCACUUCGAGAGGACUUUGGGUUCCAUCAUCUUAUGUGGGUGUACUCUGGUAGAAGAGGAGUGCAUUGCUGGGUUUGUGAUGAUGCUGCUAGGAAGCUCUCAGUGGCUGCGCGGUCCGCUGUGGCAGAGUAUCUCAGUUUAGUCAAGGGAGGUGAGGAGACCGUAAGAAAAGUUAUACUCUCAGAUCCAAUCCAUCCUUUCGUUAGUCAAUCUCUAGCUGUGGUCGAACACUAUUUCCCACAGUACGCCAUUGUGGGACAGGACAUACUGAGCAGUAAGGAGAGCGUAGACAAAGUGCUCGGUCUUCUACCUGAAGAUAUCAGAAAGGAGUUGGUGGAUUUUUAUAAGGGUGAAAAGAAUCCAAUGAAGCGAUGGGACAGACUCUGCGCUCUGGUCGAACAUAAAAAGUCGAGCAGUAAGAAGAGUGGUCAGUACUUUGAUAAAGAGAUCAUGCUGCAGUAUUGUUAUCCACGCCUAGACGUGAAUGUCAGUAAAGGAGUCAACCACUUGCUGAAAAGCCCCUUCAGUGUGCACCCUAAGACAGGUCGAAUCUCUGUACCAAUAGAUCUUAAAGAACUGGACACAUUUGAUCCAUUUGAGGUACCUACGAUAAGUCUUAUCUGUGAGGAGCUGGAGAGACCCAGAACAGAUGAGGCAGAGGAGGAUGAAAUGAAGGACAAUGAGCAAGAUGCUGGAGAGCGCCGCAGAAUCAGAGACUAUAAGCGCACCAGCCUGGCCAAGUACGUGAAGGUCUUUGAUCGAUUUUUGGAGGGAUUGGCUCGAUCUCGUAAAGGAGAGAUGCUGAAGAAGAGUGAUCUUCAGAAGGAGUUCUAGGACAUAACAACACAAAAACCUGGAGAACACAUUUGAACCCUCUUCUUCAGAAAAUAUGGACACUUUGUGAAAUAUGAAGAACCAAUGCAAUUUUGCUCCAAUGUUUCUUUAAAAAGCUGUCAAAUGUAUAAAAUGUUGGAAAAUGUAUUUAACUCUUUUCUAAUGGGUUAAAAUGUGUUUGCUAUUAGUUGACAUUAGUUCUUUAAUUUUUGUAAAUGCUAUUUUCUGAAUUUCUUAGUUUUCUAACAAUUUAAUAUAUAUUUUUUUCACGAUCUGCUUUCUGGUAGU